UACUCUCUUUUUUCCUCUAUAAAAUUAUCUCUUUGAUUUUUUCAUUUUAGCAUUUCAUUUUCCUUUGCUCAAAACUUGCUCUGGCUUCCUUCCUCACUCGCUCUCCAUAUAUAUAAACACACACAGGCCGAAAAAGCAAAUAACUCAACUUCCUCCAACCAUUUAUUUUAGUAAAAUUUGAUCUUUUUUACAAGCUCUCCUCCCCUGGUAAACGACUAAAAAGAAGAAAAAUAAAAAAGAAUAGAGAAAACCUCUUCCGGGUUCUCAGCUUUAUAGAUUCCAUAAUAGUAUUUUCAUUGUCCUCCUUUUUCUCCCCUUUUCUUACAUCUCUUACACUCCAGCCCACACGUUUUCUUCUUCAUUUUUCUGUCGGCGAUGGAAGAGCUGAUAAUCUCCCCCUCUUCAUCUUCUUCACUGGUCUCUUUUUCCCAGGAAACUCCACCUUCGACUCUCCAGCAGAGGCUCCAAUUUGUAAUCCAAAGCCAGCAAGAUUGGUGGGCAUAUGCUAUUUUUUGGCAGACAUCGAACGAUGAGCAUGGCCGUUUGUUCCUGACUUGGGGAGAUGGUCAUUUUCAAGGCACCAAAGAUACGUCUCCCAAAUUAGGUGCCAAUAUUUCCAACAUUCCGGGCUUAAACAAUGAGCGAAGAAAGGUGAUGAAAGGAAUCCAAGCCCUCAUUGGAGACAACCAUGACAUCGAUAUGUCGAUGAUCGACGGCACUGAUAUCACUGAUGCUGAAUGGUUUUACGUCAUGUCAUUGACUCGAUCUUUCUCUGCUGGAGAUGGGAUUCCAGGCAAGGCUCUUAGUACCGGCUCUUUGGUUUGGUUAACUGGUGCUCAUGAGUUGCAAUUUUACAAUUGUGAAAGAGCUAGAGAAGCUCAAAUGCAUGGCAUUGAAACACUGGUUUGUAUCCCAACUUCUUGUGGGGUUCUUGAACUAGGAUCCUCGGAAAUGAUCAGGGAAAACUGGGGCUUAGUCCAGCAGGUGAAAUCCGUAUUCGGGUCCGAUCUCAUUGGCUUGGUACCCAAACAAUCCAAUCCGAAUCCAAAUCUAACACCGGGUCCAAUCCAGUUCCUUGACAGAAACAUCUCUUUUGCUGACAUCGGCAUAAUUGCCGGUGUUCAAGAAGAAGAUGCAAGCCCUGAUAACAGAACCAAGCAAGAAAACCACAACAACCAAACCAAGAAAGAUUCCACAAAACCUGGGCAAUCUUCUUAUGUGGACUCAGAGCAUUCAGAUUCUGAUUGUCCAUUACUUGCCAUGAACAAUAUAGAGAAGAGAACCCCAAAGAAACGUGGAAGAAAACCCGGGCUCGGGCGAGAGACACCGUUGAACCACGUGGAAGCAGAGAGGCAACGCCGAGAGAAGCUGAACCACAGGUUCUACGCGCUCCGAGCCGUAGUCCCGAACGUGUCGCGCAUGGACAAAGCAUCACUCCUAUCUGACGCUGUUUCGUACAUCAAUGAGCUAAAGGCGAAAAUUGAAGAACUGGAGUCACAGCUUCAGAGGGAGUGUAAGAAAGUGAAGGUCGAAAUGGUUGAUGCUAUGGAUAAUCAAAGCACUACCACUUCAGUCGAUCAGGCAGCCAGGCCUAGCAAUUCAUCUUCUGGAACCGCUGGGUCUGGUGGCCUCGAAUUUGAUAUCAAGAUUAUGGGAAAUGAUGCAAUGAUUAGGGUUCAAUCAGAGAAUGUGAACUACCCAUCUGCUAGGUUAAUGAUUGCCCUUCGUGAUCUGGAGUUUCAGGUCCAUCAUGCAAGCAUGUCCUGUGUUAACGAGCUCAUGCUCCAAGAUAUUGUCGUCAGGGUCCCUGAUGGAUUGAGAACUGAAGAAGGCCUGAAAUCUGCUCUUCUUAGGAGGCUAGAGCAGUAAGGUUAAUUAGUAAGAGUAUGGAGUCUUUGUUCUCAAUUAUGUUUUAGUUUCUUUAUUUUAUCCCUUUAUUUUUUGUUUUCUCCCAGUUCUCUUUGGUAAUUGAUUUGGUACUUUUUGCUUCUUCGGAGUUGUCUUUGAGCUUUAUCUUUCUGCUUGUCAUGUAAUUAAGGCGAUAAAAUCAAGCAGCUGUUUUUUCUUU